CACUUUGCCCUUGAGUCGAAACAACGCCAACUCCUUUUCUCUCUCUCGCGACGCAUCUUAAUUACUCGCCGCCUUUUGCUCAGUAAAGAUGCGUCUUGGAGCCGUCGUUCCCAAUUUCUCUGCCGACUCUACGGAGGGCAAGAUCCAGUUUCACGACUGGCUUGGAGAAUCGUGGUGCAUGCUGUUCUCCCACCCUGCGGACUUCACCCCUGUGUGCACCACUGAGUUGGGUAGAAUUGCGGUUCAUAAGCACGAAUUUGAGAAGAGGAAUGUGAAACUGCUGGCUCUUUCGUGUGAUAAACUCAAGUCCCACUGCGACUGGGUUAACGAUAUUAAGUCAUACUGCCUGGACAUCAAGGGCGACUUUCCGUACCCCAUUAUCAGUGACGAAGAUCGCUCCUUGGCCGUGACCCUUGACAUGCUGGAUGAAGAGGCUCGAAACGACCCCGCUGUUUCGAUGACCGUCAGGGCCCUCUACAUCAUUGGACCUGACAGGAAGGUCAAGCUUUCCAUGACCUAUCCGACCUCUACUGGUCGAAAUGUCGAUGAAAUUCUUCGUGUCAUCGAUUCCUUGCAAGUUGCUGCUCGAAAGCCGGUUGCCACUCCAGCAAACUGGACGCCCGGUUCUCAUGUCAUGGUGCUGCCCAGUGUCAAAGAUGAAGACAUCCCGAAACUCUUUCCAAAGGGCGUGGAUACAGUUAAGAUGCCUUCUGGGAUAAACUAUGUGCGCACCACAUUCGAUUAUUGAUACAGGAUAUUGUAAAAAAAUUCGCAUAUUAAAAAUAAAAUAUAAAUUUGAAAAAU